UCUUAGAUACACGACAAAUGAUACAAUGGAAAAUUUAGAAUUGAGCCUAACAUCACUCGGUAUUAUCUCAAGGCAUAUUGAGAAAAGUCACAACGAACUCACCAAGUAUUUAUCAAAGCAGAUAUGGAGCCAGCAGGACAGACAAAACAUAUUGGGGUGUUUAGCUCAACUUCUGUUGGAGAAGGACUACACUCUCUUGAUUGCUCGACACUUACGACCGCUGAUCCUGGACCUGCUGGAGAGGAACGCCGAGCGCAUCAAAGCCGACGCCAGACUGAACCAUGACCUUCAUGAGCGGCUCUGUGUAGCUCUUAGCAAACUUCUCAAUAUCAGCCCUGACGCUCAGGCAUUUGCAGCCAGAUAUUUCACCAGUGCUCCUCCAGUAUUCCAGAGACUUUUCUUCACCAGCGAAGAAUCUGCAUCCAUUCAGUAUGGCCCAAGACGGAUGAAGCUACGCGAUCUGAUGGGCGCCACUCUACGCUUCCUCCAGAGCGACUGCGCCAAGUUCCGAGUGUUGUGGGACUGGAGCGUGUGCGUGUCCCAGCUGCUCACCAGUGACGUCAUGGUCAGAUGCUACACGGCCCAGUGCCUUGCUCUGGUGUCCCACAUGACUGAUAAUCAGAAAACCAUCUUUCUGAGGAAGGUCCUGUCGAGUGAUGAGAUACUACAUCUUAAAAUGAAGUCACUGGAGGAGACACAGCAGCUUGAAGUAGAGAAAGCCUUGGUUUUGGCCAAUCAGGGCUCAGUGAUGUGGCGGAAGGAAAAGGGAAACAAAUUCACCAGGGGUCAGGUGGUCUCUGAGGAUUUGUCUCAGAACGUCGUUGCCGUUUGUGGCGUAAUUUUACCGCGGUCGGCACCUCAGCAGAAUGAAACGGACCCUUUGAAAAACCUGGUGUUGGUGGACUCGACGUGUCGAAAUUUGAGGCGACUUGCCAUGGCUGUAGCAUCCCAGAAGCCCGUGCUUCUUGAAGGACCAAUAGGCUGUGGCAAAACCGCCCUGGUUGAGUAUUUAGCUGCUGCCACUGGACACGUGAAAGCUCCUGAAAUUCUCAAAGUCCAGCUGGGAGACCAAACAGACAGCAAGAUGUUGCUGGGCAUGUACAGGUGCACUGAUAUUCCAGGGAAGUUUGUGUGGCAGCCAGGCACACUGACCCAGGCUGUGUCAAAAGGUCACUGGAUCCUACUGGAGGACAUUGAUCAUGCUCCUCUGGAUGUGAUAUCCGUAUUACUCCCCUUGAUGGAAAACAAGAAGUUGACUAUCCCCGGACGAGAGGACUGUAUUCAGGUGGCCCCGGGCUUCCAGUUUUUUGCAACACGGAGGAUGUUCUACAGCGGUGGAGCAUGGCAUCGUCCUCAGAGCACACACGCUACUCUUCUGGACAAGUACUGGACCAAACUACAGAUUGGGAACAUGAACCGAGAGGAACUGAAACAGGUUCUAGUGAAGAGGUAUCCAACCCUCUCAGUGGUGGUGGAGCGCCUGUUGGAUAUUUACUGCCAGCUGACCGGAGACCGACACCAUGGCCCGGUCAGCACUGGGCCACAGGCUGUGGAAGGGGCACAGUUCAACCCAGAUGAACGGGUCGCCGGGCUGGAAGGGAGGGGGCUUUCAUUGAGGGACUUACUGAAAUGGUGUGAAAGAAUCUACUACAACUUUGAUAGCUCUUCUUCUGCCACUGCCCAGAUUGUUUUUCUAGAGGCCCUUGACUGCUUCACUGCCAUGCUGUCUAAACCAGAGAGCCGACUGAGAAUGGCAGAAGCAAUAGGCAGCAAACUCAACAUCUCCAGGGAAAAGGCCCAGCAUUUUUGUCAGAUGUACCAGCCUUCCCUUAAUGUAACAGAGCUGGAGGUGACAGUUGGCCGAGUUACAGUGCUCCGCAAACAGAGCGAGGUCGUCCGGCUAAACCUAGAGAAACAAACUUUUGCGGCCACGCGGCCAUCCUCUGUCUUACUGGAGCAGCUAGCUGUGUGUGUAACCAAGGGAGAACCAGUCCUAUUGGUUGGUGAGACUGGUACCGGAAAGACGUCUACAGUGCAGCACCUGGCAAGCCUUGCAGGGCACCGUCUGCGUGUGGUUAACAUGAAUCAACAGAGUGAUACAGCAGAUCUGUUAGGAGGGUAUAAACCAGUGGACCACAGGCUGAUUCUGCUCCCCCUGCGGGAAGCGUUUGAGGACCUAUUUUCUCAGACGUACUCUCGCAAACAGAACCUUACCUUCCUGGGACACGUUCAGACUUGUUUUAGGGGCAAACGCUGGCAAGAUCUGCUCAAACUUAUGGACCACGUAUGCAAGUCUGCCCUCACUAAGGAGCUCCAAGACAAACCCAAUGCGGCCCUGCUUCAGGAACAGUGGGAGGCUCUAGCUCAAAGACUCAGCCAAACUCAGGAGCAGAUCAGAGCCUGUGAAUCUGCUCUGGUCUUCUCCUUUGUUGAGGGCACUCUGGCCCGGGCAGUGAAGAAGGGCGAGUGGAUUCUGCUGGAUGAGAUUAACCUGGCGGCAGCAGAGACUCUGGAGUGUCUGAGCGGCCUCCUGGAGGGGACGGCUGGGUCCCUGGUCCUGCUGGACCGCGGGGACACAGAGCCACUGGUGCGACACCCAGACUUCCGUCUGUUUGCCUGUAUGAACCCAGCUACAGACGUGGGGAAGAGGAACCUCCCUCUGGGUAUCCGAAAUAGGUUCACAGAGUUAUAUGUUGAGGAGCUGGAGAGUGAUUGUGACCUGCGGGUCUUGGUCUCAGACUACCUCAGAGGCCUGAACGUGAACCGCACCAUCAUCCACGGCAUCAUAAGUUUUUAUCUGGCAGUGAGAAGAGAGGCUCAGUCACGCUUGGUGGACGGGACAGGCCAUAAGCCUCACUACAGCCUGCGAACCUUGUGCCGCGCCCUGAAAUACGUAGCGUCUAACCCCUGCUACAGCAUCCAGCGCUCUCUCUAUGAGGGUUUCUGUCUGAGCUUCCUCACCCAGUUGGAUCGAAGCUCCCAUCCUGUGGUGGAGAAACUGGUGUGUCAGCACAUACUGGGAGGCAAUAUAAAGUGUCUCAGACAAUCCAUUCCUGAGCCCAAUAACCGACGCUGUGUCCAGAUUGAGGACUACUGGGUCACUCGGGGUGACAUGGAACCAGCCCUGGACCCCAACUACAUCCUCACCCCCUCCGUCAAGCUCAACCUGCGUGACCUGGCUAGGGUGGUGUCCGCCGGAAUCCACCCAGUUCUGAUCCAAGGAGAGACGUCUGUGGGAAAGACCAGUCUUAUCAGGUGGUUGGCGACUGCCACUGGUAACCAGUGUGUGAGGAUCAACAACCACGACCAUACUGACAUCCAGGAAUACAUCGGCUGUUACACCUCAGACGAUCACGGGAAGCUGGUCUUCAAAGAAGGUGUUCUUAUAGAUGCUAUGCGAAAAGGCUAUUGGAUCAUUUUGGAUGAGCUGAAUCUGGCCCCCACUGAUGUUCUGGAAGCCCUGAACAGGUUACUGGAUGACAACAGAGAGCUGUUCAUCGCUGAGACGCAGGAGGUGGUGAAGGCGCACCCCAGAUUCAUGCUGUUUGCUACCCAGAAUCCUCCGGGACUUUAUGGUGGAAGAAAGGUGCUGUCCAGGGCUUUCAGGAAUCGUUUUGUGGAGCUCCACUUUGAUGAGCUUCCCAGUACAGAGCUGGAAACCAUUUUACACAAGAGAUGCAGCCUGCCGCCUUCUUACUGCACCAAACUGGUCAAAGUGAUGCAGAACCUGCAGUCUUUGCGCAGGGGCUCCAGCGUCUUUGCCGGAAAACACGGUUUCAUCACUCUGAGAGACCUGUUUCGAUGGGCUGAACGCUAUAGGUUGGAGGAGCAGACUGAUUCUUCGCGUGAUUGGUUGCAACAUCUAGCUGAUGAUGGGUACAUGUUAUUGGCAGGCCGGGUUAGGAAACCCGUAGAGGCACAGACCAUUCAGAACAUUCUGGAAAAGCAUUUCAAGAGGACCAUAAACCCAGAUGCCCUUUUCUCUGAGGCUCAGGUCACCACCCAAUUUAGUCCGUUCGUGGACAGUAUCGCGGGCGUGCCUGAGGAGUUUGGUCAUGUGGUGUGGACACAGAGUAUGAGGAGACUGGCGGUACUGGUGGGGCGGGCGUUGAGAUUCGGCGAGUCUGUCCUGCUGGUGGGGGACACUGGAUGUGGAAAGACAACUAUUUGCCAGUUGUUUGCUGCUCUGGCGGGUCAGAAGUUCUUCUCUCUCAACUGUCACCUCCACAUGGAAACAUCAGAUUUUUUGGGUGGGCUGCGUCCAGUCCGCCGCGGCGGAACAGAACAGGCUGAAGAUGGACGACUUUUUGAGUGGCACGACGGACCCCUUGUUCUCGCCAUGAGACAGGGGGGCGUGUUCCUCAUGGAUGAGAUUUCAUUGGCUGACGACUCUGUACUGGAGAGACUUAACAGUGUGUUGGAGACAGAGAAAUCUUUGGUGCUGGCUGAGAAAGGCAGUGGUGAAGAUGACGAUGUGGAGCUUAUCGUAGCAGGGCCUAAAUUCAGACUGGUGGCCACCAUGAACCCUGGAGGAGACUUUGGGAAGAAGGAGUUGUCGCCUGCCCUGAGGAACAGGUUCACUGAGAUCUGGUGUCCUCAGACUAACAGCCGCAGUGACCUGAUGCAGAUCAUCCAGCACAACCUGAGACAGGGCCUUUCCCUGGACGAAAACGACCACCAAGGAAAGGACAUCGCUGAGCUCAUGUUGGACUUUAUCGACUGGCUGACCAAUCAGGACUUUGGCCGUCACUGCAUACUGAGUGUUAGAGACAUCCUGUCGUGGGUGAACUUUCUGAACCAGGUGUCUGAACGCGAUGAAGACGGUUUUAUGACCAUGGGAGGGGCGGAGGAAGAGGAGCCAGAGUGGAAUCUGCGUCUGGACACCGUCACAGCCUUCAUCCAUGCCGCCUGUCUGGUUUACGUGGACGGCAUCGGUUCAGGCACAACGGUGUCGGCUGCAGAGAACGCUCUGGCUGCUCGUAAAGCCUGCCUUGGCUUCCUGCGGCAGCGGCUGGGCAGAAUAACUCAGCUGGACGAGGAGAUGCGGGACGCCCUGCGUGUCUAUGACAUUAGCCUGCCCAGAGAGCCCCAGUGGGGAGAGGACUUCUUUGGCAUCGACCCCUUCUACAUCGCCUCAGGUCCAGAGAGUGAGGGGCGGAGUCUGUCUGGUUAUGCCCUGGCUGCGGGCACCACGGCCAUGAAUGCCCAGAGGCUUCUACGAGCCCUGAAACUACAGCGCCCCAUACUGCUGGAAGGCUCACCUGGCGUGGGCAAAACCAGCUUAGUGGCAGCUCUAGCAAAGGCCUCUGGGAACCAGCUCGUCAGGAUCAAUCUCUCUGAACAAACUGAUGUGACUGAUCUGUUCGGUACGGACUUGCCGGUUGAAGGAGGAAAAGGAGGAGAGUUCGCCUGGCGUGACGGGCCGCUCCUGGCGGCACUUAAAGCCGGCCACUGGAUCGUCCUGGAUGAGUUGAAUCUUGCCUCCCAGUCUGUGUUGGAGGGACUGAAUGCCUGUUUUGAUCAUCGAGGAGAAAUCUACAUCCCAGAGCUGGGUAUGAAGUUUCAUGUGCAGCACGAAAAGACAAAGAUCUUUGGGUGUCAGAAUCCCUUCACCCAGGGCGGGGGGCGUAAAGGCCUACCCAAAUCUUUCCUCAACAGAUUCACCCAGGUAUAUGUGGACCAGCUCACCACUGAGGACAUGGAGUUUAUAGGAGAGUCGAUCUUUCCCACAAUUGAAAAACAGAUCAUAUCCAAAAUGGUGCAGUUCAACAACCGGCUGGUUCAAGAAGUAAUGGUGGAAAGGAAGUGGGGUCAGAGAGGAGGCCCCUGGGAGUUUAACCUCCGUGACCUUUUCCGUUGGUGUCAGCUGAUGCAGACUGACCAAUCACCCGGGUUUUUCAACCCUGGCCAGCACGUGGGACUGGUGUAUGCAGACAGGAUGAGGACAGAGGCUGAUAAAGCCCAGGUGCUGUCGGUGUUUAGGAAGGUGUUUGGGGAGGACUUUGAACCCUACACAGGCUCCAGGCAAUUCCAUAUCACACCACUCAAUCUACAGGUGGGCUUCUCGGUCCUGCAGCGUAGCGGAGGGGCCCCGGUGGCCCUGGAUCCUCCCCUGUCCAUCUUGCACCAGGGUCUCCGGCCCCUGGAGUCUCUGAUGAAGUGUGUGGAAAUGGGCUGGAUGGCGAUACUGGUUGGUCCCACGGCCAGUGGGAAGAGCAGCCUGGUGCACCUGCUGGCUCUCCUCACCGGCCACCGCCUCAGAGUCAUGGCCAUGAACAGCGCCAUGGAUACCACGGAACUGCUCGGUGGUUUUGAACAGGUUGACGUCAUCCGCCCCUGGCAGCAGGUUCUGGAGAGCGUAGACUACGUGGUUGCCAUGGUGACUCGGCGUGGGCUAAUGUCACUCGACGGGGCUGUACAGGACACAGAGUUCCUGUUGAGUACGUGGAGUGCAUUCCGACGCUGGCUGAGGGAAGAGGGGUUGGACAGAACUGAGGGAACCAUUACUUUUGAAGCUCUGAACAAACUGGAGGUCAUCAUCGUCCUGCUUCACAAACUCAACACCAAGCUGAAAGUCUUCACAGACAUGUCGAAGUUACAGGUGGACUUCACUCUGCUGAAGGAGCGUCUGGCUCAGAUGGAAGAUGGUUGGAGCCAUGGAGGCUUUGAGUGGCUGGAUGGUACUCUGGUACAGGCCCUGCAGGCUGGAGACUGGCUCCUCAUGGACAAUGUCAACUUCUGCAGCCCAUCUGUUCUGGACCGUUUGAACGCCCUCCUGGAGCCUGGUGGAUCACUGACCAUUAACGAACGUGGGGUCAUCGACGGCACUACACCCACUAUCACCCCUCACCCCAACUUCAGGUUGUUUCUCACCAUGGAUUCCAUGCAUGGAGAAAUCUCGCGGGCGAUGAGGAACAGAGGUGUGGAAAUCUAUAUUCCGGGUGAACACGAGGGCGUUUGUUGGGACUCACUGGAUGUGAAAACGGUGUUACACACACUUGGAGUGACAGGAGAUUGCGUGUGUGAUCUCCUAAUAUCCGUUCACUCAGAAAUCAAGGCCUCCAUUUGGGACUCCCCGGCCUCGUCCGUAUCCUCCCUGCUCCACGCCGCUGCCCUGUUGUCCAGUCAGCUCCAGAGAGGAGUGGAUCUGCCCAGUGCUCUCCAGCAGACCUGCGGAGAAGUUUACGCCCUGUGUCAGCGCACCACCGCCAGCCAGCAGAGAGCUCAGGAAUUGAUCGAGAGUCAGUUAGCGGUGUUGGACACAGAGGGUUGGGGUAGUGGGUUGUUGUGUGCAGGAGUAUGGCCAGACCACCUCCCCUCUGCUCUGCUGUCCACCGAGGACUCCUGCUUCUCCAGCGUGCUCAGGGACGGCCAGGUGCUCUCCUUCUGCCUUAACACACUCAGCCUGCACGGCAAGAGGAGUGGUCCGCUGAGCCUCGUCGACCUGCAGAGGGCGAUGCAGAGCGGGGCGGUACACGAAGGUCAGCUGUUCUCCGGAGGGGGGUUGGAAGGAGGGGUGAGCGACGCCCUGCGUCUUUUGCCCACAGCGGUUAGGAUACUGACGGAGAGAGCAUCUCACAGUGACUGGGUUCUCAGGACCAGCUGGCUCUCCCAUCUCACCAAGUCCUAUAAACACGCUCCAGAUGCGGCAUUGGUACAGCUGGAGGCAGGAAGUAAAGCCCUGAAAGCUGUGUUCAGCAGCAAACUCAGCACAAAGGGCAGAUCCCUGACUGAGCUUCUCCAACCACACAGCACAGAUGAUUACAGGAUCCUGGUAGACAUGCGCUGGAACAAGCAGUACCUGGAUAUUUUAGCCAACUCCUGUAAUUUUGAGGAUGAGGAGCGCUACCAGGAGUUCAUGGAGGCUCUGAACGCCGUCGCUAACAGAAUCGUUUUACUGAUGGACCGGGAGGAAAGGGCUGCGGUUGGGAGCAGUGCCGGAAAUUCAUCACCUCACAACAGCGCUCUACGACUGGCUACCGCCUUUUCUAAAGGAACCGUGGACAUCGGUCACCUGCCCCACCCAGUGCUGGUUCAUCUGCGCUCCUUCUUUGACCUUUGGGAUUCCUUUGUGCUGCAGGCAGUGCAGACUGGCCAGCCCUACAUAUCAGACCACCUCAUGUUUGAAAUCCUGCAGUUGCUGCAGUGGAGAGAUCGUUUCUGGCACGUGUGUAACUCUCUGUCGGCGGACGCACGUGGCGUGUGUGUGCUGUCAUUACACUGGCAGUGGGUACACAAACAUCUCAUCCUGAGGCUUCCUCAGCUGCUGCUAGGAGACAGUAACUAUGAGGGACAGCAGGAGCUCCAGACCAUAUCCUCGGCCAUCCAGAAUACUCUGUCCAGCUCUGCCUCCGUGGCAUCAGCUCUGAAGGGCAUUCAGAAGACCUUAGGAAAGCCCCUUCCAUAUAAGUUGGAGUCCGUGGCGGAGUGUGCCUCACGCUUGCGAGUCCUGAGCCGGGUCUUAGACAUCAGGGACUUGCGACUAGACAGCAGCUUAGCAUCUCUAUGGAAACAAGAGCUGUCCCGUCUCCGGGCUGUUGCUAUGGGCCUGGAUUCCAAAGAAAGCCUUCUGGAAGCCUGGGGCUUGAUCUUACAGGCCAACCUGCAGCUGGAACCACAGGCCUCAGGUGUUUUAGAGAGGCUGGUUUCCUGUGUGGAGAAGCAGCAGGGUUACAUGGCUGCCUGCGGUCUCCUGGACUCUCUGUCCGAAGUGCCUCGCGAGGAAGAGAUGGCGGACAGCACCCCUCCCUGUCGGGAGAUGUUACUGCAGCUGGCGCGCAAGGCCCAGCUCUGGCCUGCACUGGAACAACUGGCUGUGCUUAACCAAAUGAGAGUUACUGCAGACCUGCUACAGCUUUCGGUGUCACAGGGGGAUAGAGAGGCAGAAAGCAGUGUACAGAGGGAUCUUUCCCAUCACCUACAUUUCUGUAUGCAGUCCACCCCCCUGAAUGCUCGACAGCUCCAGCCUCUAUGGUUCCUUCUUAACACUGAGAGGCCUGCAGAGGAGCUGCAGUUGGUGUGGUGUGAGCUGCUGUCUGAAGCUCUGGCGGCACUGUGGUGCAGUAGCGUGACCUCAGACCCUGAACGCUGGUUGAAGUGGAGCCCUCUUGGUCCCGAAGAGAAGAAGAUCUUCCGUUCACUGUUGGGACCCUCUGACACGGGUCCUGGAAUGCUAAGCCGAGCAGUGUGGUCCAGAUGCAUGCUGGGAAUUUUGAGCAACGCUGAGGCAGGGGUGCACUGGGACCCCACCGGCACAAGUUUCCUCAACUCCUCCCAUGUGACUUUGGGAGAAUGGCGAGAGAGGACUGCCCAGCUCCAGGACCUGAGUGCAGUGCUGUGGGACAACAUGGCCCUCCCUGCUUUAUCUGACUUCAGGAGUACUGACUGUCAGCUGCAGGGUCUGGUUUUACGACGGCAGCUGCUUGCUCUGUCUGACUUGCUGCCCCCCGGCCUGCAGGAGAGCUACACCGAGGCUUGUGACGUCAUCACCGAAGGCCAGGACCCCAUAGGGGCAACUCAAGAGAUCCAGGCUGCCCUCAGAGAAGGCCUGCCUGAAAACCUGCUCCCAGAGGGCUUCUUGGACACUUUGCUAACCUGCCUGCAGCAGUUUGCUCAGAACCGCAUCCAAGGGUCCAUUCAGCUGGCCCGCUCUGGGGUGUUCUGGGUCAACAUGGGUUUGCUUCAGAUCCAAGUCUGGACCCCUCAGACCAUUUUUGACCCGGCCGUUAAACGGGCAUACAAACUCAGCUAUGCCCGAGAGGAGCUGGCCUUACUUCAGGAGGAAUGGAGGGCAAGGAGUUUGUCAUCCCAGCUGCUGUCAGGGGCGGAGCUUGAGGAGAGCAGUACCACUGAUGGAUUCCAGCAUCCCCGCAUCAGGUACCUGUGGAUCCGUAUGCAGCAGGUCAGAGAACAGAUCACAGAGCUCAGCAGGAAGCAGGCGUGCCGACCCGGCGAACCCCAGUACGGCCGUCUGUACCAGGAGCUCCAGCACUACCUCUGCAGCAUCGGCCAACCGGCAGCCGUGGGCGACCUCCUCUCCCACCUGCUCAGGGCCCUGCAGGGAUCCGGCCCCAAAUCUAGACUGGGGAUUCAGAGCCUGCUGAAGGAGGAGGCCGUCUGGCAGGCCUCACAGCAACGCUUCGCCCAGCGACUGGCAGAAGAGUACCCGCUGUACCCGGACGUGGUGGUGCCCCUGAGAGCCGCCAUCCUGCAGCUGCAGCACGGCAUGCGCCUGGUGGCGUCGCAGGUUUCGUCCUCGCUGACCGCCCUGUCCGGCCUGCCGCGGCUGGUGAGCUGCGCCUUGGGGUUCCCCUCCGUGGGUCCCGGGUGGCCCUCCGACCUGGCGCGGGCCGACUUCCUGUGCUCGCGGGCGUCCCUGGACGUGCUGCGCGGCCUGGGGAAGCUGCUUCCGCAGGGCGAGUCGGGCCGCGUCAUUCCCGAACCCGCCACGCUUCUGCUCAACGUCCUGCUCUACGUGCAGUCUCACGCGCUGUCGGCCGGGCACCUCACUCCGGAAACACGAAAGAUCUUCAGACACGUCUGUCAGGCUGUGGUGAACGAGUGGGAUGAACAGGAGAGGAGAGCGAGAGAGAAGGAGCAGCAGGAGGCCAGUCUGUACCGCAGCAAGACCACUCAACACGGCUCGGGUCUCACUGAGGAGGAAGAGGAGGAGAGGGAGUUCAGACGCUCCUUCCCCUCCUAUCACAAGGACUUUGCUGAUAUUACCGCUGAGCCCAGUUUGGAGCAGCCAGUAAACAUUGAGGAGGAAGAGGAAGUGGAGGCGGAGCACAGUGAGAGUGGCUUCCUGACGCCCAGCAGCUUGAACGUAGUCAUGCAAGUCCAUCAGCGACUCUGCCUAUCUUACGCCCAAUCACUGUGGUACCAGCCCAUUACGCCAACCAAUCAGAGCAAGGAUCAUAUCUCCGCCCUUAUCUCAUCCUAUCAGAUCACAGCUCCCUUGAUAGCACGAUUCUACCAUCUAAUAGACUCUGAGAUGGACCCCCAGCUGAUGGGCUCUCAGCUGAUCCUGGGCACUCUCCUCCAGAACUCGGUGAAGGGGACAGGGGCCCAGACGGGCCUGAGCCUGCAGGCUGACGGGCCAUAUGACUUCUACAGACAGCCCAACAUGAGUCAGGCACGCCUCUGCCUGCCCGCGCUGGAGCAGUUAGCCACGGCUAUCAGACAGCGCCUGGACGACUGGCCAGACCACCCAGCCCUGGUGCAGUUGACCGUGGUGAUGGAGAGAAUCAUGGCGUUCAGUCUGUCCAGCCCUCUCGCCAAAUUUCUCAACGGUUUGGAGAUCCUCCUGACCAAAGCCCAGGACUGGGAGAACAACGCGAGUCGUUCUGUGUCUCUGAGGAAAGAGCUGGAGGCCAUCACUCAGCUGAUCAUCCAGUGGAGAAAGCUGGAGCUGAGUUGUUGGUCGAGUAGUUUGGACAACACCUUGAAACGACACGCAGAGAAGUCCACCAGGCACUGGUUCUCCAUCUACCAGCUGAUCGAGAAAUUCCUUCAAGAACAGAGGAUAGACUCCAAACCUGAUGACGGCGCUGGCGGCCUGUCUUUCUCCUCUGUGGCCACCACUCUUCAGGCCUUUAUGGAAGGCUCCACCCUGGGCGAGUUUCCUACACGUCUCAACAUGCUACUGGGCUUUCACUGCCAUCUCCUCCUGGUGCCCAGUCAGGAUGGCCAAGGCUCUUUGUGUAGUUUGCUGUGGAACCUGUAUAAGUACUACAGCCAGUUCUCAGAGAGUGUACAGGCCAGAAUCACCCAGCUCAGACAGCCCAUUGAGAAGGAGCUGAAGGACUUUGUCAAAAUCUCAAAAUGGAAUGAUGCAAGUUUCUGGUCCAUUAAGCAGUCAGUGGAGAAAACACACAGGACCCUCUUUAAAUUUGUGAAGAAAUUUGAGGCAGCGCUGAGUGUGCCAUGUGCCCCAGCGUUGGUGGAGCAGGGCAGUAACACCAGUCUGGACAGCGUGGAUACUCAGCCCGAAGAGACGCCCCUGCACAGGGUCCACCUGGCGCUGAAGAACGCCCUGCCAGGGAAGGGCAGAGACUUACAGAACGAAGGCCCGGAGGAGGUCGCGUCAGCCAUGGACCCCUCCUCACUGCAGGCCCGUCUGCCCUCCCUCACACGGAAGAUGAGGAAGAUGUGCGUGCAGCUGGCAAAGAGGACGGCCAUGCCAGAGCUGUCUGAGGAUCUGGACCAGUUUACAGCUGAGGUCAUUACCAACGUGCACGCUCUGCAGAGUCUGACUGUGGAUCGCUCAGCGGAGCAGGAGAGACAGAAAGCUGAGGCCAAACAUAUCCUGCUGCAGAAGCAGAGGGCUCUGGCUGACCUUUUCAAGAUGCUGGCUCAGAUCGGUCUGUCUUACAGGAAGGGACUGACGUGGGGACGUACAGCGGAUCCCAAAGAGACUCUGUGUUUACCGCCGGUGGACUUAAAAACAACCCUCUCUGCCGUGAAAACACAGGACCAGACCGAGAACACGCUGUUUGCUGAGCUGACCGUCGCUUGGGAAGGAUGUGAGAGAUAUUUCUAUCGCUCUUGGGCCAGAUGCACUGCCAUGCAGACGGCACUACAGAGUGCAGCCAAGGAGCUGGGAUUGGGGAACGUGGAGCGUUGUCGGGGCUUCUCUUCUCACCUGUUUAAGCUCCUGCUCAGACAGAGAUGUCGGUUAGCUAAGCUCUCCGAGCACUGGGUUCACCUCAGGAGGUUGAUCUCCAGCGUCCAAAGCGUCCAGUCUCACCUGAAUAACUCGAGCAGGGAGGACGGUGGUCUCCCCCCUCAGGAGUCUCUACAUGGCUGGGUUAUCAGAGGUCAGGCUCUGGCCAUGCAAUGCACAGUCGUCCUCCAGCAGCUCUCCUGGCUCCUCCAGUGCUGUCCGGAGGGCGAGAGCGAGGCCCACGCCCAGGGCGUCGAGGCUGCGGUCGGGCAGGGAGAGCCCAGACUGAAGAAGCUCUCACCCCUGGCCCCGCACCUCCAGUGCCCGGUCAGCCGGCUGAGGAGGAGGGGCCCCGCCUGGACUCAGCUCACCCAGAGAGUGGAGGGGAUGCUGGCCGAAACCCAGGCCCUGAAACAACAGAUAGACGGCGUGACACACGAGACCGGCGAAAGAACACUUCAUAACUGGAGUCAUUUCACGCUGUGCUGUUCGUGUCUGGAUCGACUCGGCGCCGUGGUGGCCCAGAUGCCGGCGGUGGAGCAGUUAUUCACCCCUGAGGGCGUGGCAGGCGGGCGUGGUCAGCUGGCACUGACGAGAAGUCUCCAGUACGUGAGGGGAGAGGUGGAGAGCUGCCUCACUGAAUUCACCACCUGGAAGACUCAACUCCUCAACCUGGGACGCAGACACAAAUACCGCUCCCAGUCGUUCCCAGCGGAGUUCUCAGAGCAGCUGGAGAAGGCUAUAAACACGGUCCUCUGUGCAAUCCAGAGUCUGGUGAAGAGGAGGGAGGCAGAGCAAGAGGAAGAUCAGCGGUCUGAUAGCAAGAAAGACAGUGACUCUGAGGUGGCAGAGGAGCUGUUGAAACCAGGGCACUUAAACAAACUGCUGGAGGAAGACCUGAGUACGGAGGUGUCCUGUCUGUCCUUGCAAGAGGUCAGCUCAGUUGUGGAACAGGCCCUGGAAGGCCUUAGAAUAUACAGAGACACCUGUCCACCUCAGCACCUACAGGAGCUGAGGGAAGCAUGCAGGUCGCUGGUGCGUUUGGAGCCCAUGUUGGCUGUGUACUCUGAGCUGGUACGGUUUUACCUGGCUAUGUCGUUAGGGGCACACAGGAGCACAGGCAAACUGCUCUCCGUCCUGGCCAGCAUCUUCACUGAGCUCGCCCAGAAGGGUUUCUGUCUGCCUCAGGAGUUGAUGGGUGGAGGUGAUGGAGAGGGGGCCACAGAGUUCCAUGACUAUGAAGGUGGUGGUAUAGGAGAAGGUGAAGGAGUCAAAGACGUCAGCGACAAGAUUGACAACGAGGAACAGGUUGAAGAUACAUUCCAAGAAGGACAGGAGAAGAAAGAGGAGGAGCAGGACAAGAGGGACAUCAAGGAGGAGGACAAUGCCAUCGAGAUGUCUGAUGAUUUUGACGGAAAGUUGCAUGACGGAGAGAAUCGCGAGCCAGGUGAGGAUGAGGAUGAGGAUUCGGAGGAUGAAGAGCUUGAUAAGAAGAUGGGGGAUCUCGGCGACGGUCAAACAGACACCUUGGAUGAGAGGAUGUGGGGAGAUGAUGAAGAUGAUGAUGAUGACCUUGAUGGCAGCGAUAAAGAGGAUGAAUCAGGCCCCGGAAUGGACCAGGGUGAAUCUGAGUUGGUUGCAAAAGAUGACAACCUGGAUGCUGGAGAUUCCAAGAAAGACGAGAAGAACAAGGACAAAGACCACCCACUGGACAAGGAAGAAGAGAGGGAGAAAAUACACGAACAGAUGGAUGAGCGGGAGUUUGAUGAGAACGAGGUGGACCCGUACCAUGGUCAGCAGGACAAAAGAGCAGAUCCACAGGCCAUGGAGCUGCCAGAGGAGCUAAACCUGGACCAGGAUGAGGAAGGAGGAGAAGGAGAGGACGAAGGCGAUGAGGAGAACCCCUUUGACAUAGAGGACAAGCCCAUGGAGGCGGAGGACAAAGAGGGGCCGGAAAAAGACGGAGAAGAGGAAGGAGGAGAGGAGAUGGAACAGAAGGAUGGGGAAGGAGAGGAAGAGGGGAUGGAGGAGAAAACGGAGGAGGAGGCAGGAGAGGAGCAGUCUGAGGAGGGGAAAGACACUGAGACGGAUGAAAGGGCAGAAAAAGACGAGGAGGGAGAUGAGGAGGAACGGGAUAAAGGACAAGAAGAUGGGAGGGAUGAAGACAAGGCCAUCCCAGCAGACCAGGGCCAGAAACUAAAGGACGAAGAGGGAGGUGCCGAGGAGGACGAGGAGUCUCAGUUGGAGACAGCCGAGAGGAGGGAACACAACACAGACGGUCAGACCGGAGAGGAGAAUAUUCAGAGCGACAGCGCUGUGGAGUUGGCAGGCGCUGCGUCUGAAAGAGACCAGGCCAAAGAGGAACAUGGCAGUGGGGCGGCUGAUGCCAGUCAGUCAGAAGGACACGACUCCAAACUCACGGCCAGAAUGAGCUCUCAGAAGCAGAGCCAGAGCAAGACCCAGAGUUUCAAGCGGAAACCAGGACGGGCAGACAACGAGCGGUCGAUGGGUGAUUAUAAUGAGCGUGUGAAUAAACGUUUGCGUACGGUGGAACGUGAACAGGAACGCUCUCAGGACCUGAGCCAACCAGAUGGCAAACAGGAGUCUGACCUCUAUGAACAUAUCAAACAGGGCGACCAGAACUACGACGCCCAGACAUAUGAUGUAGCCACUGCAGAGCAGCAGAAACCUGCUGGAGCUCCGCAGGACGAAGAGGAUGAUGAAGAGGACAUUGCCAUGGAAACGGAUGAAGAGAAAGAUCUGCAGGCAGUAGAGGCACAGCAGCUAAAGCCAGAGCAGCUAGACUCCACGAAAGCCUCACGGAAAGGUAUGGAAAGUGGAGAACUGGAGGCUCAAAAACAGGGGCGUGAGGAAGAGGAGAAGAGGUCAGAGGUGAAGAGAGAUGUCGAUGGAGACCGUGCUGAGAGAAGCACAGAAUCCACGAUACACACUGUGCCUGAGCUGUUGACAGAUACAACACAGCUCCCGGUGAAGAACCCAGAGGAGCUGAGGAAAGAGCUGGAGCAGCAGUUAGAGGCGUGGCAGAGACAGACCCCUGGUGCUCAGGAGGAGGAGGCUGCAGCGACUGCUAUGUGGCACCAGUACCAGACUCUGACCUCUGCCCUUUCCCAGCAACUCUGUGAGCAGCUUCGCCUCAUUCUGGAGCCCACACAGGCGGCAAAACUCAAGGGUGAUUUCCGUACAGGAAAGAGGUUGAACAUGAGGAAGGUCAUUCCGUAUAUUGCCAGUCAGUUCCGUAAGGAUAAAAUCUGGAUGAGGAGGACCAAGCCCAGCAAGAGGGAAUAUCACAUUUGUCUGGCCAUGGAUGACUCUUCCAGCAUGGUCGACAACCACUCCAAACAGCUGGCGUUUGAGUCCUUGUCAGUGAUAGUGAAUGCUCUGACUCUGCUAGAGGUGGGACAGGUAUCUGUAUGCAGCUUUGGAGAAUCUGUUCAGUUGCUCCACCCCUUCCACCAACAGUUCAAUGACCAAUCAGGAGCCAGAAUACUGAGGCUCUGUCAGUUCCAGCAGAAAAAGACCAGGAUAGCCCAGUUUUUGGAGACUUCAGCCAACAUGUUUGUGGCGGCUAAACAGCAAAGCUCAGGUUCAACAAACGCAGAGACAGCUCAGUUGCUGCUGAUCGUGUCUGACGGGCGGGGCCUGUUUCUGGAGGGGAAGGAAAGGGUCGCGGCUGCCGUGCAGACGGCUCGCAGCGCUAACGUCUUCGUCAUCUUCGUGGUGCUCGACAACCCAAACUCCAGGGACUCCAUUUUGGACAUCAAAGUGCCCAUCUUUAAGGGUCCAGGAGAACUCCCAGAAAUCCGUUCCUACAUGGAGGAGUUCCCUUUCCCUUUUUACAUCAUUCUGCGUGAUGUCAACGCCCUUCCAGAGACCUUGAGCGAUGCACUGAGGCAGUGGUUUGAACUCGUCACGGCAACAGACCUGUAGGCCACAGGGAAGCCAUUUUGCAGGGGGCCCAAACAUACACACACACACAAAUACAUACACACACACACACAAAUACAUACACACAACUGCACAAUGCCACGCUGCUGCUAGCCUCUCGACAUGGAAGAAAAGACUCACUAAAAGGGACAGGCUGCUGUACAUGUGCCUUUUUUUUCCCCCUCUCUUGAUUUUUUUUUGGUAUUGCAUUACCAGAUAGUAGUUUAAUAGCAAUGAAAUGCUCGUCUUUUUCCCCCUCAACUUGAUGAGGAAUUUGAGGAGCUCACUCUCUUUUAUUCUUCCUGAUAUAACCCACCUUUUAACCUUGCAC